AUGUCUUACCAAGAGCAGCAGUGCAAGCAGCCAUGCCAGCCUCCUCCGGUGUGCCCACCCCCAAAGUGCCCAGAGCCUUGUCCUUCUCCAAAGUGCCCAGAGCCUUGUCCUCCCCAAAAGUGCCCAGAGCCCUGUCCUCCUCAGAAGUGCCCUGAGCCGUGUCCCCCUCAGUCAUACCAGCAACAAUAUCCUCCUGUGCAAACUCCUCCAACAUGCCAGCAGAAAUGCCCACCCAAGAGCAAGUAA